CUGCUGCCAGGGAGGGAGGACGAACGGCAAGUGUGCGCACUAGAAAAUGUAAACGCGCUCCACCGCAUUGCAUUUACAACUCGUCUCCGCGUUUCUCACACUGCAUCGUCAUUGUCUAUUCGAAAACGUCUUCCAGUGUUCAAAUUUGUUUUUCCAGUGGAACCCAACAUUUACCAACACAACGAUGGCUCUUGUUACUUCUUCGGGACAGCAACUGGUCAGCUCUGGAUUUCCACAGCAAACUGCGCAGAGAUUCUCCAAUUUGAUGGCACCAACAAUGGUUUUGCUAGGUCAUGAAGGAGAAAUUUACACCGGUGCAUUCAGCCCAGAUGGAACAUGCUUAGCGACUAGUGGAUACGACCAGAAAAUCUUCUUCUGGAAUGUAUACGGCGAAUGCGAGAACUUUUCUACAAUCAAAGGACACUCAGGAGCAGUUAUGGAUUUAAAAUUCACCACCGACAGCAGCAGUUUGGUCUCUUGUGGAACAGACAAAAGUGUUCGUGUCUGGGAUAUGGAAACCGGGACUUGCGCUCGUCGCUUCAGAACUCACACAGACUUUGUGAACGCCGUCCAUCCGUCUCGUCGUGGUGUAACUCUUGUCGCUUCUGCCAGUGACGAUGGAACAUGUCGUGUGCAUGAUAUGAGAACCAAGGAACCAGUGAAGACUUACACCAACCGAUACCAGCAGACAGCAGUUACAUUCAAUGAUUCUUCGGAUCAAGUGAUUAGUGGUGGAAUUGACAACGUGCUCAAAGUUUGGGACAUGCGUCGUGACGAGAUUACUUACACUCUGACUGGACAUCGUGACACAAUUACUGGAAUCUCUUUGUCACCAAGUGGGAAAUUCAUCAUUUCCAAUUCAAUGGAUUGCACUGUUCGACAAUGGGAUAUUCGACCAUUCGUACCAGGACAACGUUCGGUGGGAGUUUUUGCUGGUCAUAAUCACAAUUUCGAGAAGAACCUUCUCAAAUGUUCUUGGUCGCCAUGUGAGAGAUUCAUCACUGCUGGCUCGUCGGAUCGUUUUCUCUACGUCUGGGAAACACUGUCGAAAAAAAUUGUGUACAAGCUUCCAGGUCACAUGGGAAGUGUCAACUGUACCGAUUUCCACCCAAAGGAACCUAUCAUGCUCUCGUGUGGAAGUGACAAACGUGUUUUCUUGGGAGAAAUCGAUAUGAGCUAGAAAUUCAAAACAUCCAUAUUCGCCGGUUAAAUUUGUUUUUUGUCAUUUUUCUGUUUUGUUUUUUUCACUGGAUCUCCUUUUUUGAUGUAAUUUUUGAACUUACUUUAUGUCCGACUCUCUUUAUUUAUUUUUCAGUGAUCAUGUUUUAUCAAAUGAAUUCUUGCAAUUCAAAAUUGAAGUACGCCAGAAAAAUUGUUUUAAUGGAAAUACGAAAGA